CGAAGCAUAAAAAAACACACACAGACGUGCAUUCGGUUACCGGGGCAGUGUCAGAUGUGUUUCUAUUUUCUCCAUCUUUCCCUUCGACCCGGAAGUGCUGGCAGAGGGAAAGAGGGAGAGAGAGAGAGAGGGGACGGUGGAGGACUCUCUCUCCAUCACAUCAAACUCCGCACUAACUGAGGACAGAGCGGAGCUCGAGCACAACAGCAACUACAAGGACAACAACAGCAACUACGACAGCAACGGCAACGCCAGAGACAGAGACAUGUCCGUGCAGCUCCCUCCGUGCGUGAUAGACUGCGGGACUGGGUACACAAAGAUCGGAUAUGCCGGGAACACGGAGCCUCAGUUCAUCAUGCCGUCCUGCAUCUCCAUCAAGGAGUCGGCCAGCGUAGGAGAACAGGCCCAGAGGAGGCUGGUGCGAGGAGUCGACGACCUCGACUUCUACAUCGGAGACGAAGCUGUCGACAAACCGAACUAUGCAACCAAGUGGCCGAUCCGUCACGGGAUGGUGGAGGACUGGGAUCUGAUGGAGAAGUUCAUGGAGCAGAUCAUCUUUAAAUAUCUACGAGCAGAGCCGGAGGACCACAGCUUCCUGAUGACGGAGCCUCCUCUCAACACUCCAGAGAACAGGGAGUACCUGGCAGAGAUCAUGUUCGAGACCUUCAACAUCCCGGGGCUCUACAUUGCCGUCCAGGCUGUGUUGGCGUUGGCGGCGUCCUGGACGUCUCGACAGGUGGGACAGAGAACUCUCACAGGCAUCGUCAUUGACAGCGGGGACGGAGUCACACAUGCCAUCCCUGUGGCUGAAGGAUACGUGAUUGGUAGCUGCAUAAAGCACAUCCCCAUCGCAGGGCGGGACAUCACCUUCUUCAUCCAACAGCUGCUCAGAGACAGAGAGGCUGGGAUUCCUCCCGAACAAUCUCUGGAGACUGCCAAGGCUGUAAAGGAGCGGUACUGUUACAUCUGUCCAGACAUAGUGAAGGAGUUCACAAAGUACGACUGUGACCCGGGGAAGUGGAUCAAACAGUAUCGAGGAAUCAACGCCGUCAGUAAGACCGCCUUCCACAUCGAUGUCGGGUACGAACGCUUCCUGGGCCCUGAGAUCUUCUUCCACCCAGAGUUCGCCAACCCAGACUUCAUGCAGCCAAUCUCUGAUGUUGUCGAUGAGGUCAUUCAGAGCUGUCCAAUCGAUGUGAGGAGGCCGCUCUAUAAGAACAUUGUGCUGUCAGGAGGAUCCACCAUGUUCAGAGACUUUGGCCGGCGGCUGCAGAGGGACCUGAAGAGAGUCGUAGACGCACGACUAAAACUCAGCGAGGAACUUAGCGGGGGGCGAAUAAAGCCAAAGCCGAUGGAAGUCCAGGUCGUGACACACCACAUGCAGCGCUACGCUGUCUGGUUUGGAGGCUCCAUGUUGGCGUCCACGCCCGAGUUCCACCAGGUGUGUCACUCCAAGAAGGACUACGAUGAGAUCGGCCCGAGCAUCUGUCGCCAUAACCCUGUCUUCGGCAUCAUGUCCUGAUGGCGGAGGCAGCUGAAGGCCUGUUAGCCUGUUAGCGUGCUACAUUGUUAGCCCUUUGGCCUUCCAGCCUGCUGCCCACGAGAUAGCCAGCCAGCUAGCCUGUUAGCCCGUGGACUCUGCAGCUUGCUGGCCGGUUCACCUGCUUUCUGCUAGCCACCAGCCAAUCGCCUGAUGAUCUCUCUUCCUGUUUAAUUUCUGUCCCAUUAGGCUAACAGAUGGUUAGCAUGCUAGCUCCGUCUCAUUUAGCAUGUGGAGGUUUGGAGAAAAUGAAGCACAAGAGUACAUUUAUAAGCCGUGAAACAAAGAAUGGUGUUUUAAUUUCAGGAACCAAACAAAGCUCCUUUUUCUAGAGGCAACCUUACUGACAGCUGAAAAUACUCCAGAGCUGAACACAUGCUCUCUGAGAGUCUGCUAGCUGCUAGCCUGUUAGCCGUCCUCAUUAAUGCUAGGCAUGUCUGUGACUUUGAAGCUGUUAGCCUGUAGAGAUUCAGCCUGGAGCUGCCAGGAAAAUGUUCACAGCAAAGGCACACGCUGAGUUUUUCUUUCUGCUCGAUGUGAAGCUGAAAACCGAAUCGUUUUACAGACGUUUAGACGAGGGUGAUCAUAUUUAUCAGAGCUCCAAAUUAAUUUUACCCUAAACCCACAUGUAUGAGGCCAUGGUGCUACCAGAUGUUUUCAUUGUUGAACCAUUCAGCACCGUGGGAAAUAGCUGACAUCAGCGUAUGCCUCACUGAAGUUGGUCACAACAGCUCUGUAUCCCCUGUCUGUGUUUGCUUGUUUUAAUAUGAUGCUGUACAUCAGUGUUUUCACCGUGGGUGACUGAAAAUGGAAGCUUGCAGGGUGCAGAAUUCAGCAUAUUCACUGACUGGUACUUUCCGAGGAAAGCUGUACCUUUCCUGGAUCUUUUAGGAAAACACUGACACUCUUUCCAUCAUGACACGUAGCCAAUGUGACAAAACUUAAAACGGAUCAAACUUUGACUCAUGGUGCGUUAUAGAAACAGCCACGGCAAUGGCUGGCUUGGUGCAUUGUUUUCCGUAGGUUGGAACCAGGACAGGUGCUGUUCAUAAGUGGGAUAUAUCUGUGAUUUUUGUUUGGAGCUUAAAAACGGGACAGCAGCGGCCUGAACAGGAUGUAUGGUCACCCUAGUUUAGACACAGUUUAUGCUGAGGAUCCCAUAUAGUGAUCCAGACCUUUUCAUGUAGACUAAGGUAUGAUCGCAUACAGAUGGAUUUUAUGUUUAUGCUCUGCGAAAUAGGAAAAAUAAGAUUCAUUUUUAAUGACGUCAUGCUGCUGACUUUAAGGAAAGCCAAGGACACAAUCCAGUUUCAGUUCUACUGUGAACUUUCUUCUCCUUUAAGUAUUCUGUUUCCUACGCCACAUUGGUCACCUCAGAUUUUAUAGAUCUGAACAUUCACGUUUUUGCAGAGACAGUGUCUCCAACUCUAACUGUACAAAAGUGAAGCCAAAAAACUGCUCGUGCCCUCAUAGAAGUUUGUGGGUGAAGAUAAUUAGAUCUUAUGCUUUCGCCAUUCAUGCUGCUAUUUGGAUGGUUAAUUUAAGGCCAACGGAAAAAAACGGAACACUGGAGAUGUAACAUUCUUUUUUAGAACACCUGCAGUGGUCACACAUACAGGACAAAAAAGAAUGUUGCAGUGAUGUUGUGCCAGAAGAGUCAAAAAGGAUUGACAAUAGUGAACCAAUAAGGACAAAGUGCAUUUUAACCCCUGACAUGUAUUUAGAUUUCAAAGUUGGGUCAUGUUACCAUGUAACAUUAACAACAUGGAGAUGGUGGAGCUUAUAACCUAAAAGCGUGUGGUUCUGGAAGUAAAAAACUAACUUUUCACCAUAGUGGACUUGGUUAGAAGCCAACAUAUCCAAGUCAGAAUUACCACGAGCUAGCUGAGUGUUAAACGACAGUAUAUGCUCCUUUAAAAAACAAAUUUUCAUAAAAUAACAUUAUUUUGAGAGAUACAUAGUUUAGUUGUGAUCUUGGCCAAAGUACUACAGUACCCACAAUCCUAGAGAGUCAUAGGUACAAGUCUGAUUGGUGGGCUCUCCUGUGACCAAUGGUGACUGUAGACAUUUUCAUUUAAAAUAAAAACACUACAAGAAAGAGUAGUGUAGAAAAACGUUCAUGGGUUGAAAGCUUGAAAAGCUAUCACUUACAAUGACUAAAAUGAAUCACAAUGGAUUGUGGGAUAUAUAGUUUCUCCAUCCUUGUGAGGAAAUGUGCCUGCAGUCUCAUUUUUGCACCAAAUCAGCUGUUUUAUAGUCACAAGUCUUCAGGUAGCUGGUUGGCUUGGUUCAUGUUUUAGACGCUGAAAUGUGGAUUUAGCUACAUGUCUAUGGGGGAUUUAACUUCUGGAACCAGAGCUGCUGAAAACCUGGGCGGCCACUGUUAAGCUAAAAAAAUACUUCUGAAUCUGCAGAUUUCCCAAAGAUUCUAUGUAGUGCACAUUUUGCACGUGGAAAGCUUGAAAUGUCGGUACCAGAUGGCAUCUUUUUUUGCACCAUCUCAGCUGUAAAAUGGGAAUAAAUUCCCGGUUAAAUAAAGGUUAAAUAAAUAAAAGCAUUGAAUGGGCCCUUACCCUGCAAACAGCAAUGUUACAGGAAGUGAUGUCACAGUAGUCACCUGUCUGCAAAAGCACCAUACUGCAGCAACCAGGGCGAUUUUUGGCUUCACUUUCAGGGAGUUGUCAUGAUGUCCAUUGUUUAUAUAGUCUUUGGUUCAUCACAUCAUCAGCUUAGAGAGACAUCUAACCAGGAGAGUCGUGUUCUUCAAAUUCAAACAUCCACCUUCAUGGUUUUAUGAAUAUUUUACAGAGAAUUAAGAGUCAGAAGAGACUGAUGGGACUCUGAAUCAUGAACUGUGAAUACGUGUGUGUGAGCUUGUGUGUAUCAUAAGCUAAUGCACUCAGAGCGUCUAUAUUUGUACAGAGUUUAACAGAAGAGAAUUAUCAGAUCACAUAUAUUAUGAUGAUAAAGACACCUAUGCUUUAUUGUUGUCUAAAUGUUCAAUACUUUUGAUACCACAUGUUGCAGAAUGAUCCAGUUGCUGUUAUUUUAAUCACUGGUAGUUAAAAAAGUAGAAAACUUAAAAACAGCUACUGUCUGAGGCGUGUUUGGAACAGGUGUGGGUGCAGGUAGAGGUCUGCACAUCGCCCUGACCGUGUGCAGGGCUCAGACAUGAGUUCAGACUGACAUCAGUGUUUCAUUUAUAGUCACAGUAAAGUUUUACAACCCGGUGCCAUGAAACCAAACAUGUUCAAGUAUAUCCAGUGAAUAUUAUUCUACCUGCUCUGAGCAUGACGAAAAAACACUCGUGUGAAAUUCAUCAUUCAGCAGAAAGCGUGUUUUUAAGGACAAAUGUAAAGUGAGUUUAUUUAUAAGACAACAGAAGAUUUCAAGAGAAAAUAAUAAACAGAUACGUAUUUUCUGUAAAAUGCAUGAAGGAAAAAGUUAAAGUUUACAGUAAAGACGCUGAAAGAAAAGUUAGAGUUUAUAUUUUGUUUAAAAGUCGACGUAUUUCUCUAAAACUGAGACAGGAUCUUCUGGUGAUAAAAUAAAGGCUUUGUAUUUGUUAAAGACGAAUAUUUAGCAUCACUGCUUGAGAGGAAGCUAAUAGUACUCCUGUGUCCUGUCCUCUGGUUGUCACCUGAUGUACCUGCUGGUUUAGACCCCGUCUGCGGCUCUCUGAGAGAACAGCUCGGUGCGUUUACAUGCAGUUAUAGCAGGUCACGUUAGCGAAACUGGUCUGUAGGAAUCAUCUAAACAUGUCAGCGUGACUGAAAUCAUACUAAAUUUAAUUACUCAGUCGGACUAACGCCCACAUCACGUACCUGUUUACUUCAGGUCAAUGGAUCGUCCAGAUCCAUCUCUGAAAGCUUCAAGCUGAUAGGCUCGUUCCAGAGAAUGACCGGACCAAUCUCUGCAUUUACGUAGAAAGAGGCGGAGCUACAGGCAAGGUUUAAUUGAAGUGACUGCAAUCCUGUAAACAAAGGUGGCUGUUGAAGAGAUUAGCGUGAAUGUAGCUAUAGCGGCAGUUUGAUCAGAACUGGACAACAUUCUUUUAUUAAAGGUCACAUAUUUUACCCUUUAAGACCAGUUUAUAUUGGUCUCAGAGGUCCCCAGAACAUGCCUGUAAAAACACUCCAGUAUUGGACUGUAGCGUGUCUAAAACUCCUGUGUUUCAGCUCUGCUCAGAACCAGCUGUUUCUGUGGCUUUAAUGUUACUGAGCUGUCUGACUCCGCCUCUGACCACGCCCCUCUCAGGAAAUAGCUAAGGCUUAAUGGAUGUUGCUCUCUUGAGGAUCUGGAGGGGAGGGCAGAAAUUUCUUUCAAGAUGGGAGGGCCAACUGAACCUGGGGGUGGGGCUAACUCCCCACUAGACACCAUGAGAGGAAAAUCUGUACCUUCUGACGGGGGGGGGGGGGUUCUGGUACUUGAGGGGAAUGUGGAUAGGCAGGGGGAACAUAUUUUUGUUAGAAAAGCCUGAAAAGUGAUUUUUACGUAAUGUGUCCCCCUAAAAGAGGAGCAAAGAACCGGAGUGGAAGACCUUCUUGGUGGAGAAAAUGUUUUGGCAGGACUACGGCUGCCUGCAGAGCUCAUCUUAAACAGUUUAGAGUUUCACGUUUUUGAUCCGAUUGGCCGGUAAUGAAUGUGACAGGAAGAAGUUAGUUCAGCCACCCUCUGAGUUUUAUUCUGAAAGGUUCUGCCCUUCCUAGCGUCUCUGGGGGGUUGCCCGAUGGAUGUUAGAUACAUAGCCGUGGCUAACUGAGACAGGCUUUCUGGGAGAUUAGGUUAUGUUCUCACCUCAGUCAGACCCGAACUGGAUUAAAGGCGCUCUGAUCAGGAUUCACAGCACAGUAGAUGUCAGCUGUUUGGUCACUGAAGGGGACCUCUGAGUCUAAUCUGCAGACUCCCACAUAGAAAAGGCCUCACGCUAAGUUCAGAUCAACCUAGAAACAGAGAGGCGGAGCUGAGGCCUUCUAACAGCGACAACACGCCGUCUUAGAGUCUCAGCAGCCACACCUCUAUUCUGAAUUAAAGGAAUCCUUCACACCAGAGCAGACGAGCCGUGAAGAAUAUUCCAGUUAAAUAUCUUAAUCUAGCUUUAACCACAUCUGUCUGCAUGUAAACGUACCGAGUGACUCCACAGACCCGUAGUCAUGUCCGUGCAGCUGCAGUGGAUUCAGAGUGAAUGUUUCUGAGCGGCUGUCAAUAAACACUCUCCUCCAA